AUGGAAUGUGCUCACUUCAAAUCAUCCUUCUUGUAUGUCUUAUUGAUCGGAAAAGAUAUUAAAGAUUAUAAUAAUUUUUUUAAACAACUGUUAUUACAUUAUGAUUAUGAACCUAAUUCUGUUCUGGUUGAUUUUGAAAGUGCUACACUUAAAUCAACUAAAGCAAUAUUUUCGGACGCUAUUCAAAUAAGUUGUCAAUUUCAUUUUGGGCAGCGCUUGUGGAGAGAAGUACAAUCAUUAGGUCUACAGAUUAAGUACACAAAUGAUGAUAAAUCUCGAAUGAACGUGAAAAAGCUAGUGAGUCUUGCAUUUGUACCUGUCACUGAUGUUCUUAAAGCUUAUUCAUCUAUCAAGAAUGAUUUUGAUUAUGAAGAUUAUCCUCUACUUGAUUAUUUUGAAUGUGUAUCGGCUGGUCAAAAGAAAGAGGGAAUAAAUAAUGAAGAAAAAGAUAACAGUAAGUCGUCAAUAUCAUCGCAUUCUUAUCAACAACACCAUCAUCGUCCAACAUUAAAAGGAAGUGAGUAA